CAGAUCUUUUAUAUUACUUCCAUUACCCUUUGAUCAAACUGUAUCGUUGGAGAAGGACGGUGACUUUCCUUGGUGAACACAUGUCGACACGAUGACGGAACCUUCGGCGAGUAAGCAACCCCUCUGGGAACAUGUUCUCCGCGGGCAGCCUGUACCCUACCGCGUCCUAGACAGUAAUCUUCAGGGGAUCAUGGAUCUUGAGGUUCGGGCGAGCGAUGUUUUCGUGGUGUCCUAUCCCAAGUCAGGCACUAACUGGGUACGAACCAUUAUCAAUUGCAUCCUGCACUGUCCAGACGAGCAGAACAACCUGAGCUUGCCACUCGAAAUGAGCAUGUGCCACGGCACGUCGCAGGGGGAGAUCGAGGCGGCGACCCCGGUGUUCCGGAUGGUGCAGUCGUGGGCAUCCCCCCGUGUGAUGUUCACCCACCUGCUCCCGUGGCUGCUGCCGUCGCAGCUUACCCAGAAAGGGGCCAAGAUUGUGUACGUCUGCCGCAACCCCAAAGACGUGUUGGUGUCUUACUAUUACUUCAGCAAGACUGUCAGAUCCAGAGCAGAGCCAAUUACUUCAAUGGAAACUUACUUUGAAACUUUUUUGCAGGGAGAAGUUCCUUAUGGAUCCUACUUCACUCACGUUAAGCAGUACUGGGAGAUGAAAGGGAGACGUGACAUACUGUUCGUUAAAUACGAGGAUCUUAAAAAGAAAACGAAUGCAGUUAUUGAACAAAUUGCUACAUUCCUUGGCCGCCAACUCAACAUCCAAGAGAUCGCGGACAUCUCAAGCCAUUGUUCUGUUGAGGGCAUGCGCACAAAGUUUCGGGCGACGUCACAGGCGGUGUCAGUCAUUAUGGAUGAAUCACAGGGCGAGUUCAUCAGACAAGGUAAAGUCGGAAGUUGGAAGGAAAACCUGUCCGAGGCACAGGGCAAACGUUUCGACACGUUAUUUAGAGAUCGUCUCGCCGGCACUGGCCUUGCAUUUGACUUCGAGUGACCGGAAAACUUUUAGUCUAGCCGAGUUGACGUUAACUUAGUAUAUAUACCUGGAUAUCAUAACAGAUUUCAUGAUGUGACGAUAAAUGCUCGAAUAAAGGACAGUGGACCUCUGUGUUACUUUGUCCCUCGAUAAAAGAUUCAGGAAGGAAUAGAAUAUAUGGAAGAUUAAUUGCAAACAAUUGGAAAUUAUGAGAAAAACUGAAUUUUGGAUUGUUUGAAAUUGCACGAAAUAGCAGGCAAGCCCCCCUUUCCUUUGGUAUUCAAAUUGUAGAAUCUCUUUUUUAGGGGAGGGGCUAAGCAAAUAAUCACUCGCAAGGAGAGAGGAAAGAUAAAUAAAUGCAAAUUGAUUCUUUUAAAGCAACAUUUCAAACGACAUGAGCAUUACAAACUCAUUGAUAUUGCAGUAUCCAUUGGUUUUUGCAUUUGGUUUUAUUUCACAUUUAGCUAGAACCGUCAGCAGUACUAAUUUUCUUAUUAAAAGAAGGAAAACAAAUGACUGGCAACAGAAUGAAAAUAUGACUCACAUCCCGUCGAAUUACAGAAAAGCAUAAUCGCCUGCCCCUUGAAGGAUGUGGAGUGAUGAAUUAUCCCCUUAAUAAACAGAAUAUAUCUUCAGCCCGCUUGGUACUGUUUAUUCAUAACAGGAUGCACCUGGGAAAAUGUUUGAAAAUGUUAUUAAUUUUAAAACGUUCCAUCUUCUCGUGAAUAUGGCUCAGUUUAAUUCUUAAAGAAAAAUGACAAUAUUUUUCAUCAUGUAAGUUAUUCUCUCUUGAGUGCAUAGAUAUACACGCAUAGAAAAGAAACGGCGAACUGAUCCAAUUA